AAGGCAACAAGAAGCCAUGUUUAGAAGCAGAACGGCUUCCACAAGGAAAAGAAGGUUUGAUCUUUUCUCGUAGUUUUUUACACAAUAAUACUAAAAAAACAUGUACGAUCGAGCUUCUAGAGCUCUUACACAACCCUCACAUGGCACUUCUAUUGCUGUUGGACCGGGAACUUACGAAGUUCCCGACGCAAGCCGACGAAGAUACGAUGGAUACGCUCCAUUCUUAUCCAUGACUGGUAGAGAGACGUUUCUGGAUGUGAAUGACAGCGUUGUAGCUGCCCCUGGCCCCGGACAAUACGAUCCUGGUCAAGCACAGUUCAGAGUAGUUGGUGGACAUACUUUGAGCAACAAAACUGCCAGGUUUAAAGAUAAGUAUAUUAAAACUCCGGGUCCAGGUGCAUAUAACCUGCAAAAGAGGAAAGAUUGGAUCAAAGAUGUGCCGAUAAACAGACCUCCAGAGAAAGAUCAAGAGGGAUCUCAAGGAUCUCAAGGAUCUGUAUUUAAGACCAACAGAAUUACUUUCAAGCGUAAGCCAGAUCCCCCUUCAAUCCCGUCACCAGGAAAGGCCUAUGGGUAUGAAGAAGCUGUCGAUGGAACUCUACGCAAACAGGAGAUACCUCAAAAGGAUAGUACUUUAGGACCAGCAUAUUAUGACGUCAAACAUAAUGCCACUCUUCCUGUCGCUAAGUACAAAGGAAUUUAUUUCAGUAACAGAACCUCUAAAAGAAUGCAAUUCAAAGGGAACAAGGGACCGGGGCCUGGCGAUUAUGAUCCAUACGCAGAGAACACAGAGGAUUUAAUGCCUAUGGAUAUUUACACCAAGGAAAGUAGAAGACAACCAUUUGAGGCUAUGCUCCCUCGCUAUCAUGAAGUGAUUGUGAAGUCUGAGGAAAAGAAAGGUGUACCAGGGCCAGGCCAGUAUGAAAUCAAGAGUCAAUUCAAAGCAAGAAUCCAGUCUUCAGUAAAACAAGAACAGGAUGAGAUUGUUGUAGCUCCUUUUGGAUCCCAAGCUAAGAGAUUUGAUAAUUCAAAGGGUAUUUCUCCUUCCCCUGGAUCGUACAAUGACCCACGCAACUCACUGGAAGUCUUAAAAAGGACCACUGGUUUGAAGCGGAGCCCUUUUGGACAGACAUCUGUGAGGUUCCAGGGAGAAAGACAAUACCGCAGAACACCAGGUCCAGGUACCUACAACAUACCUGGCUUGAGCUCUGAUGUCAUGAAGAAAGCACAUCUAGAGAGUUCAAGAAAGGGUGCUUUUGGCUCAACCGCUGACAGAAUUGCUUUGACCACUCGCCGACAUGAAGACCAGUUACCAGGCCCUGCUCACUACUUGCCAAAAGAUAAAAAUAAAAAAGAAGUACAAAUAACUUCAACCUUUAAAUCUACUUCAGAAAGACUGAAAACACCAACUACCGUAGCACAGGAUGCACCACCUCCAGGCUCUUACGAAGUCUGUAAAUCACAUGACUCCACACAAGGUCGAGUUCUUUAUCCCUAUGCGCAACAAAUCAACAAACAAGUCAAGAAAUCUGGCGGCUUUUUGUCGACGGCAACAAGAUUCACAGAUAACAAAAUUGUUCUCCCUGAAGAAGUUGAACCAGGUCCUGGUCAUUAUGAAGUGAAUGACAACGGAGCAACAGGAGGUCUGAUGGUCACUAGAGACUCUCGCUUCAAGAAAUACAUACACGAUGUACCGGGUCCAGGUUCAUAUGAGUUGAGCCCUACGUAUGCCAACACAGUGCUGAAAGGCACAUUCAAUGCUACACUAAACAAUCCCGUUGUAAUGACUUAUGAUGAUAUUGAACCCAGGACACCAUCAAAGCAAGCAUUCCUCUUGGGUGUCUAGAAUGCCGCACUUCCACAGGCAGUACUCAGUGCGACAAUGUUGUGUAUUAAUUGUAAAUAGGGAGAAAGAUUUAUAGAUAAAGCUAGAAUUUCAGAAAAUUAGAUGGAUGUGAUUUCCUGGAUUGUACGACAACUCAAAUGAUUGGGAAAUUUCCAUUCUUGGUAUUUUAUUUUAAUUUUGAAUAAAAGGAAAAAAAGUUGAAUGACA